GGGACUCCCCCCCCCAGCUCUCUAUUGCCCCCUUCUCAUCUGCUUCAGCAGCUGGAUGUACCUCCUGGUAGCCUUUACCAACCUGGUGUCCACCAGAUCGGUUGAACCACAAUGUCCAAAAUCCCCCAGCCCUAUGCAGUGACAUGGAGGCACCACAGGGGGCUGCAGGAGAAAUGGCAAAUGUAGAUCACAUCCUUCCCUUUGCUGUUUGUAGAAACCUCUACUGGUUCAGAGUGCAUUCUAUUAAUGGAACAUAGGGGAGCAUGUCCCCACAAAGCACAUCUUUUUACAGCCUUGCAUCUAUGCAGCAAGUUUGUCUGUCAGAGCUCUGCAGAGUAAGAAAGGAAUAGAGCAAGUAAAAACCUUGGUUUUUUGCUGACACUUCUACUAGGUCCUUUCUGGAUUAAAUCAUUCACAACUGCUCUGACUUGGACUCCAUGUUGGAUCCACUGCAGAUUCUGAGUGUUUUUUACUGCCACCUGAUCACUUUCAUUUGGAUGACUCUCAGUAGUGGAGCUACAGACAGUUUACUAGAAGUGUGGCCUGCCACCAGCAUAAUGUAUAUUUGCCUAGUAUGGUUGAUAACAUUAACUAGAGGGGGAAUGACUGAUUCCAUCCAGGAAGGGGCAAAUACUUACUUGGAGCAAGAGAUAGUCCUUGCCACCUUGAAGAUGAGACUGCUUUGAAGAAAUAUCCCUGCUUUGCUUCACUAUUAGGCUGGGCUGCAUCUAAUCCACUUUUUGGAGUGUUAAGGUGAUGCCAAAGAGAAAAGCAAGAGGAGAUUCCAGAAAGAACCUUCGAGAGCCGGAUGUAUCCUAUAUUUUGAAAAUUCCUGAAACUGGGCAAUCAGAGGAGCCUGAUGAUUUGUUUGAUCAUCCUUUACAUAGCACUGCUGUGUCUUCUUAUGAGGAAGAGGAAGUGGACAAAGAUCCAUGUUCAGAGCCUGAUGGGACAACCAGUCAUUCAUGUGAAUCAGAGCCAGCAAAAAAAAAUACACUGGAAAGCAAAAAUCAGCCUGCCUUGAAAUCAAGAAUGGAAUUAGAAGAUUCUGAAGAGGAACCUGUGAAAGAAAAUAUGUUGCCUAGAAAGAGAGCUAAAGCCUUUGUGAAGCAGAUGGGAUCUUCACCAGAGAUGGAGACAGACUACCUAGAUUCAGAUGAUGAUCCAAAUUUGAUAAAAGUUUGGGACCCUAAAGGGCGGAAAAAAGUUGCCAGCCAUGUCACAGAACUGGAUGUUAUUCUGGAUGAGUUUGAGAAAAUAACAGCAAAAUACAAACAUGGAGUACAACCAAAGAUCUGUAGGAAAGCUAUUGAUAGCUUUUAUACUGGGUUCAGAAAUCAACUCACCAAUACUGCUACAAAUGCUGAGGAAUUAAAAAAGACAAAACUGAAGAACACAAAGAUGAUCAGAGCAACAAAUAAGAAAAGGCAACGUUUAAUAGAAGUUAAGGAAGAACUGAUAAGAACUGAACCACAGCUGAAGAAACUGGAGAAAGAAUAUGAAGAACUAAAAGGAAAAAUAUCUGCUCUUGAGAAUGCAGUUCAAUUAGUCACCGAUUUAAAAGAACUUCAACAAAAAUAUGGUAGUGACAGAAAGGAAAAAUCACAAAAAAUAGAAUAUGGUGUUUCCAGCCUUCCUGCUCUUCUGGUGGAAUCACGAAGAAUUUUAGGAGCAGAAGGUCACUUCAGAAAUAUCAGUGCAAAAAUACAACAGUCUUUGGAUCUGCAGAAGAAAAGCUACAUCUACUAAGAUCUCAUCAGGUAUUUCAUCAAUCCAGUUCUUCUGCAGCUGGAAAGUAUCA